UGUAUGACUUUUAUUUAUAUUAGCCUAUAGCGUAUUUGCAUGUCUCACUCUGUUUUCCAGAUCGGAAACAGCUGUUUGGAGUUGAGGGAGGAGAUGCAAACGAGGAGCACCUAUGACAAGGUCUUUGAAAAAGUCUGGGGAGCAUCUGGGAGCAUUCAAAAAUUGCCAGGUCAAAGGGGAAAGAAAUCUACGUUGCUGACUUGUAUGUCGUACCAACUUGGCUGGCCCACCACAGUGACCCACUGUUAAGUAUGCCUAAUGACAUUCGCACAAAAGAAUUCAUUAUAAUUCCAAUUUGGACACCAGGACAUUACCAGCUUUGUGUGUUGAAGCCUGUCCUUCGGGAGAUUCUUAUACUUGAUUCUAGGUGUUUUGAGACCCCGUAUGGCUUUGAUCAGAGAUAUACCGCUCUGUUGAGAGAUCUUGCACAAAGGAUAAAUCCUGGGGAAUGGACAGAGAAAACUGGGUACCAUUUUGAGAAGUUUCCUCGUCAAACCAGUGGGAAUGACUGUGGAGUCUUCAUGAUAAUGUUGGCCUUGUACGUUGCACUUGAUGCUCCCUUCGAUUACACCAUCGUGGAUAUGCCAGCCCUUAGGAGGUGGUGGUGUAUCAUGCUGAUGGAAAACUUCACACUGGACAACCACGGCAAGCUUUUUUCACACUGGACCAAUGAAGCAAUGGAUCUCCUAAAAGGUCAUCGGCAGCCUGUGAUGCGUUUGAGGAGAUGGAGAAUAUUGAAGACAUUAGAAGUUUCCCCGUGUAUAUAUGCCGUCAAGAGCAUGCCAAACGUGUCGGUGGCAGUGUAA